AUGUUUCCGAACGACACAACAAAUUCCGAGAGAUCCACCGAGAAAAUGGUAACUGCGAGGACAGCACUGUCAAGUAUGAGACUGUCGCGGAGCAAACCCGACGAAGAAUACAAGAAGAAAACCCCUUACGCUGAUGAAACCCCGAUACAUCGUUUGGCUGAAAGGGCAAACUUUACGACAGCGUAUAAUCGUCCCAAAAUGAGCUUGGCAAUGGUUAUGCCUGCACUCGCUUUCAUUUCCAUAAUUAUUGCCAUACUCUUAUUCUUGAUAUCUAUUAUUAAUGGUAUGCACGAUCAAGGAGAGGAUCAUGAUAGCGACGUCGCGGAAAGGCUCUAUCAAGCGAUUCGUAUCGCAAACGAAGAAGAACAUCAGAAUGGCACAUUCGUCAGUUUGAAAUAUCCAAAUUGUGAGAAAGGAUUACGGACAGGCUGUUGGAAGAAAGUGGAACUUGAGGAGUCCGAUAGCACAAAUAUGCACGGAAAUUACGACCUCUACGUCAGAAACGUUUAUGCUUACGUAAAACCAGAGCCGAAUGUCAUCUGUCCACCGUCCAUUUUCGUUGGAGAGAAAGCUCCCGAGCCGAUUUGCACUUCAAAUCAUGGUUGA